GUCCACAUAGGCUACCUCCCCAACAAAAGGGUGCUGGGCCUCAGCAAGCUGGCCAGGUAAGAGAGUAUGGACAGUUUAACAGUUUGUUUGCUAUUGUUGUCAGAGAUAUGACAAAACAUUUAAUGGGUCAGCACUCUGCACACAAAAAGAUGUCGCAAAAACCUUACUUAAUUUUUCAAUUUUUCAAAAUAAUGUUUACUGCUUCGGGGAUAGCAUACCCAGACGUUUCGACUUAACAUCCUUCUUCAGUGUGUAGGUAUCGUUAGCUAUUGAAAUUCUUGUCAAUACACCAGGGAACCACCCAAGGUUCCGAAUUCCUAUAACAGAAAAAUCAUAACAGGAAGGUUGAAUAUUGUGAUAUUGAAGGUAUUGGGAUUACCUAGACUCAUGCAGUAUCAUCAUGUGUGAAUAUGUAACCUGUUCCUCAAGAGUCCUUCAGGCAGUACAGUAUGGUCACCUAUUAAAUAAUAGGAACUAGAACACUUAGCGGUGAUGAGUCUGAACUAAGAGCCUGACUCAUGUUGUAACCCAGAGUGAGCUGGUCCUGGGCUUAGUGGGUUAGCGGUACAUUAGCUUCUAGGGUGUAGCAUUCGAAUAGCCUAGUUUUAGCAUAGCGCUAGUGUUUACGGUGGGGCUGUUUAAGUGGAGAGGCUGCUCACGGAGCCGUAAACUCAUUAGAAGGAGUGUGUAAGUGACAAGAGAGGACUCUGAUUCCACCUGACCCCAAUACCUGAGCCCCUUCCAUGGACAUCUCACCAGGCACGCACGCAGACAGUCACGCAUGCACACUUUAAGCACAUGGUCUCACACACUCUGUUAGCACACAAGCUGAUACCCCAGUGCUUACACAAACACAUAGACCACACACACCACAUAACACAAUAUAUUUCCAAACGACAAAGAUACCUUCAAGUGAUGUGAUUGACAAUACCUGUAUAGUGGAGUAAUAUUUGAUAUGUGCAUAUUAUACAUUGCCUUCAAAAAGUAUUCACACCCCUUGACUUUUUCCACAUUUUGUUGUGUUACAGCCUGAAUCUUACAUUUAUUAAAUUUAGAUUUUGUGUCACUGGCCUACACACAAUAACCCAUAAUGUCAAAGUGGAAUUAGGUUUUUUGAAAUGUUUACAAAUUCAUUAAAAUGUAAAAGCUGAAAUGUCUUGAAUCAAUAAGUAUUAAACCCCUUUGUUAUGGCAAGCCUAAAUAAGUUCAGGUGUAAAAAUGUGCUUAACAAGUCACAUAGUAAGAUGCAUGGACUCACUCUGUGUGCAGUAAUAGUGUUUUUUGAAUGACUACCUCAUCUCUGUACCCCACACCUACAAUUAUCUGGAAUGUCCCUCAGUCAAGCAGGGAAUUUCAAACACAGAUUCAACCACAAAGACCAGGGAAGUUUUCCAAUGCCUCACAAAGAAGGUAGAUGGGUAAAAAUUCAAAUUCUGACGUUGAAUAUCCCUUUAAGCAUGGUGAAGAUAUUAAUUACACUUCAAAUUAUGUAUCAAUACACCCAUACACCUUUCAAACUAAGAUGUUUUUCUGCUAACUUAAGCAUCCUGCCAACUUUUCUUUACAUAUGAAAGCUACAAAGCCUCUACUUUUAUUUCCGCCAACCGACCUAGUCAUGAUUGUGGUAAAGUUCUGCGUACGGCUUAGUAUGAAAUGUAGCUGUAAUGCUGAGGUGGCAUUGGCAUGCGCUACACUCUUAAGCUCUUAGUGGUUGCUAGACAGUGCCCGUUAUUACUAUCCUCCUGCCAGUUGUAAACUUUGCGAGGCAUGUCACUUCAUCCAUCUCUUCGCAUAGCCCACCACAUGCACUGUUUUCUUAACCACAACUGGAUGGACCCAUAAAUAAUGAAUAAAUAUCACUCAAUGACGAAGAUAUUGGAAUGAAGUAAGCUAAUGCAAUUGAAGGCAUCGAAUUGUUGCCUACUAAAACUCCAAUCGUCUUGAUAAAUCAACCAAUGUCCGAUUUUUCUUUUCAUUGAAUCUCCAUUUGGAUAUUGGUUAGGCUACAUUUAGGCUGUAGAAAUGUAAGCGAAGUUGAGGUGAGUGCUGCUAAUGAUCAUCUUGUCUAGUUGGCUCAUUUAGUAGCACUGAUCAGAACAUUUUGCCAGCAUGUUAUGUAGCUUAACAAGUGGAUUAAUAUUAAUCAUAUUAAUGUGAUUUUUUUCACUGAAUCUCCGUUUGUAUAUUUGGUUAAUUCUCUGGCUGGGCAAAUAAGUGGAGGUGGUAUAGCUCAUCUUAUUUGUUUGCUCAUGCAUCACUGAUCAGAACGAUUUAGCAUGCAAUAAUGUAGCCUAAAUCAAGUGUAGGCCUAUUAUUUUGCUAGAUCAUGUAAAGGCAACUCCAAAAGCCUGCGGAGGUUGUGAAAUGUGAACACGAGACUCACAUGCUUUUGAAAAUAUAGAUUGCUAUUAUUUUCUAUUGGUAUGAUGAAGAUACUCUCAAUGUCAGACCUUAUAGUCUAUGCCUGCUCCCUAACACAGCGGAGUGAGGGUAGGAAAGAGAUGAAACGUGGAUUUAAAAAGUAUGGGCUUGCCUUGGGCUUUGUUUCAAAAUAUCACUUUUUAUAUGACAGCGGUUCCACACGUUGCCGUGACGCAAGUUGUGUGGGAAAAAUAUUAUUUGUAUUUAUUCUGUUGUUUCCCUUAUUUAAAACCCCCCUCAAAAAAGGGGUUUGUUUCCCCGGGGUUUGGGUUAAAAAAUGUUUCGGUUCCAAAAAAAAAAAUGAGGGCAAGGGCCCGGCAAGGCGUUUGUCCAAAAAAACUGACUUUUUUAAAAAAACUAAUCGAACUACAAAAAAAAGACACUCAAUGAAUCCAGGGACACCCCAAAAGGAAAAAAAAACCCACAAAACCGGGUGAAAACAGACGUAAAAUAGGGCCCCAAUCGAAAAAACCCGGCCCAAAACGCUGACACUGGUUACCUCUAUUGGGAGUCAUCAACCAAACCAAGAAAUACAACACAUAGAACCACCCAACCAAACAAAACACCACGAAACGAACAUACCCUGGCUCAACACACAAAGUCCCGGAGCCAGAGUGUGACAGUACCCCCCCCUAAAGGCGCGGACUGCGACCGCGCCUCCACUAGGGCUAACCAAGGGAGGGCUGGGUGGGCAUACCUCUUCGGCGGUGGUUCUGGCUCUGGUCGUGGUCCCCACCCCACCAUAGUCACUACCCGCUUACGUAGCCUCCUCCAACUGACCCCCACCGGAUUAAGGGGCAGCACCGGACUAAGAGGCAGCACCGGACUAAGGGGCAGCACCGGACUAAGGGGCAGCACCGGACUGAAUGGCGGAUCCUGGCUGGCUGGCUCUGGCGGAUCCUGGCUGGCGGAAGGCUCUGGCUGAUCCUGCCUGGCGGAAGGCUCUGGCUGAUCCUGUCUGGCGGAAGGCUCUGGCUGAUCCUGUCUGGCGGAAGGCUCUGGCUGAUCCUGUCUGGCGGAAGGCUCUGGCUGAUCCUGUCUGGCGGAAGGCUCUGGCUGAUCCUGUCUGGCGGAAGGCUCUGGCUGAUCCUGUCUGGCGGAAGGCUCUAGCGGCUCCGGUCUGGCGGACGGCUCUGAAGGCUCAUGGCAGACGGGCGGCUUAUGCAGCGCUUGGCAGACGGACAGUUCAGACGGCGUUGGGCAGACAGGCAGUUCAGGCGCCGUUGGGCAGACGGGCAGUUCAAGCGCCGUUGGGCAGACGGGCAGUUCAAGCGCCGUUGGGCAGACGGCAGACUCUGGCCGGGCGACGCGCACCGUAGACUUGGUGCGGGUGGCAGGAACAGGCCGGACCGGGCUGGCGACGCACACCGUAGACUUGGUGCGGGUGGCAGGAACAGGCCGGACCGGGCUGGCGACGCGCACCGUAGACUUGGUGCGGGUGGCAGGAACAGGCCGGACCGGGCUGGCGACGCGCACCGUAGACUUGGUGCGGGUGGCAGGAACAGGCCGGACCGGGCUGGCGACGCACACCAUAGACUUGGUGCGGGUGGCAGGAAAGGCCGGACCGGGCUGGCGACGCGCACCGUAGACUUGGUGUGGGUGGCAGGAACAGGCCGGGUCGGGCUGGCGACGUACACCGUAGGCUUAGUACGUGGAGCAGGAACCGGCCGGGCUGGACUGGCGACGCACACCGUGGGCUUGAUGCGUGGAGUAGGAACCGGCCGGGCUGGACUGGCGACGCACACCGUGGGUCUGGUACGUGGCGCAGGAACAGGUCGGGCUGGACUGGCGACGCACACCGUGGACUUGGUGCGGGGAGCAGGACUAUGCCGGACCGGGCUGUGGAGACGGAUAGGAGGCCUGGAGUGAACAGCGGCCACCACCCGUCCUGGCUGAAUGCCUACCCUCACACACUCUGUGUGAGGCAUCCGCACAGGACGUACAGGGCGGUGUACCCCUGGCCUGGUGGCCUCCUGGAUUCGCCCCAUCUUUGCCUCCGUCGUCCAUGCCGUGUGCUUGAUGCGUGGAGUCGGAACAGGUCGGGCUGGGCUGGCCACGCACACCGUAGGCUUUCUACGUGGAACAGGAACCGGCCGGGCUGGACUGGCGACGCACACCGUGGGCUUGAUGCGUGGAGUAGGAACAGGCCGGUCCGUACUGGGAACACACACCACUGGCCUUAACCGGGGAUCAGGAACGGGCCGGUCCGGACUGGUAACACACCUCAGUCUCUCACGCCGUGCCUCAACUGCUUCCCUCCCUCUAUUCGCCAAUGGCUCCCGUAAUCCGGUAGCCUUCUCUCCACAUCUCCCUGUGGCAGCCUCCUGCUGCCCAGCCGCCCAAGCCAUGUGCCCCCCCCAAAAAACUUUUUGGGGUUGCCUCACGUCCUUCCAACGAUGACCCUGCUGACGCUGUUGCUCCUCUCUCGCCAGGGCCUUGAUCUUCCCCCAAGGUCCCUUGCCCCCGAGCAUGUCCUCCCAGGACCACGAUUUGCCCACCUGGGCCAUCGCCAGCCUCUCGAUCUCCUUACCAGGCGCCUCCUCCCAUGUCCAGUCUCUUUGCUCCCGGACACGCUGCUUGGUCCUUUGAUGGUGGGUUUUUCUGUCACGGUCGUCUAUGUCGUCCAAGUAUGACCAAGGCGCAGCGUGUCCAAGAAACAUGACUUUAUUAAAUAAACGUAAUCGAACUACAAACAAAAGACGACUCAAUGAAGUCCACGGUACACUGACCAAAAGGAACAAAAACCCACAAACACCAGGUGAAAACAGACAGUAUAAAUAUGGCUCCCAAUCAGAGACAACGAGCCAACAGCUGACACUCGUUACCUCUGAUUGGGAGUCACUCAACCAAACCAAGAAAUACAACACAUAGAACCACCCAACCAAACAAAACACCACGAAACGAACAUACCCUGGCUCAACACACAAAGUCCCGGAGCCAGAGUGUGACAAAAAGUCAUCCAAUUGUUAUAAUACAUUUGAAGCAGUAGCUUACCCGCGUGUUCCAACUAUUUCUGCACCAUUUCGCGCUGCUUUGAGACAAGCUGGGAAAUCGUCUAGAUAAAUCAACCAAUGUCCGAUUUUUCUUUUCAUUCAAUCUCCAUUUGGAUAUUGGUUAGGCUACAUUUAGGCUGUAGAAAUGUAAGCGAAGUUGAGGUGAGUGCUGCAAAUGAUCAUCUUGUCUAGUUGGCUCAUUUAGUAGCACUGAUCAGAACAUUUUGCCAGCAUGUUAUGUAGCUUAACAAGUGGAUUCAUAUUAAUCAUAUUAAUGUGAUUUUUUUCACUGAAUCUCCGUUUGUAUAUUUGGUUAAUUCUCUGGCUGGGCAAAUAAGUGGAGGUGGUAUAGCUCAUCUUAUUUGUUUGCUCAUGCAUCACUGAUCAGAACGAUUUAGCAUGCAAUAAUGUAGCCUAAAUCAAGUGUAGGCCUAUUAUUUUGCUAGAUCAUGUAAAGGCAACUCCAAAAGCCUGCGGAGGUUGUGAAAUGUGAACACGAUACUAUUUUCUAUUGGUAUGAUGAAGAUACUCUCAAUGUCAGACCUUACAGUCUAUGCCUGCUCCCUAACACAGCGGAGUGAGGGUAGGAAAGAGAUGAAACGUGGAUUUAAAAAGUAUGGGCUUGCCUUGGGCUUUGUUUCAAAAUAUCACCUUUUUAUAUGACAGCGGUUCCACACGUUGCCGUGACGCAAGUUGUGUGGGAAAAAUAUUAUUUGUAUUUUAUUCUGUUAUAUUUCAUCAUUCUUAGCCUACUAUAAAAUAUAUGUGUGUUGACUGUGAUCAGGGUAGCCUAAGUGUGUCUUGUCUCUUUAAUGAACAUAAUAACUAUUGAUUUCAUGUGCAUGACACUGCCAUGUAGCAUGUAGGCUGCACAGACCAGUAACAUAAUUCAACUCACAAAAUGCCAUUCUAUUCUUUUGAAAAUACAUUUUAUUAGUCUUAUAAUGUUUCUUAGGACCUGCCUAAAACAAAUGAAUAAUGGAUUUCUUUCUCUACUCCCACUCCUAAACUUACCGGCAUGUGCACAGGAGAUACAAAAGGCUUAUCCCGGUAAGAAGGGGGUAAAAAUGGGACUGUAUGAAUUAAGCUCGAAAAAAACAUUGGCAGAUUUUUUUUCUCCAAGCAAAAUACCGUAAAGUCUGUCUGUAAAGGGUACCAGUCACUACAAAGAUACAGGCGUCCUUCCUAACUCAGUUGCCAGAGAGCAAGGAAACCGCGUAGGGAUUUGACUGUGAUAGGAGAAAACUGAGGUUGGAUCAACAACAUUGUAGUUACUCCACAAUACUAACCUAAUUGACAGAGUGAAAAGAUGGAAACCUGUACAGAAUAAAAAUAUUCCAAAAACAUGCAUCCUGUUUGUAAUAAGGCACUAAAGUAAUACUGAAAAAUUUUUGGCAAAGCAAUUUACUUUUUGUACUGAAUACAAAGUGUUAUGUUUGGGCAAAUCCAAUACAACACAUUACUGAGUACCACUCUCCAUAUUUCCAAGCAUAGUGGUGGUUGCAUCAUGUUAUGGGUAUGCUUGUAAUCCUUAAGGACUGGGGAGUUCAGGAUAAAAAAGAAACGGAAUGGAGCUAAGCACAGGCAAAAUCCUAGAGGAAAAACUGGCUCAGUCUGCUUUCCACCAGACACUGGAAGAUUAAUGAAUUCACCUUUCAGCAGGACAAUAACCUAAAACACAAGACCAAAUCUAAACUGGAGUUGCUUACCAAGAAGACAGUGGAUGUUCCUGAGUAGCCGAUUUACAGUUUUGACCUAAAUUUGUUUGAAAAUAUAUGGCAAGACCUGAAAAUGGUUGUCUAGCAAUGAUCAGCAACCAAUUUGACAGAGCUUGAAGAAUUGUAAAAAUAAUAAUGGGCAAAUGUUGUACAAUCCAGGUGUGCAAAGAUUUUAGAGACUUACCCAGAAAAAGUCUCACAGCUGUAAUCGCUGCCAAAGGUGGUUCCAACAUGUAUUGACUCAGGGGGUUGAAUAAUUAUCUAAUCAAGAUAUAUUACUGUUUUUUAUUUUUUAUUUUACAAAUGUUAUAAUUUUUCUUACACUUUGACAUUAGAGUAUUUUGUGUAGAUUGGUGACAAAAAAUGACAAUUCAAUCAAUUUUAACACAAAAAAAAAUGUGGAAUAACUCAAGAGGUGUGAAUACUUUCUGAAGGCACUGUAUAUUUUUUUACAUUUUAGUCAUUUAGCAGACGCUCUUAUCCAGAGCGACUUACAGUUAGUGAGUGCAUACAUUUUUCAUACUGGCCCCCCGUGGGAAACGAACCCACAACCCUGGCGUUGCAAGCGCCAUGCUCUACCAACUGAGCUACAGGAGGGUAUUUACCUCACAUGCGAUCCAUAAUAAGACUAUGCAAUUAGCCUAUUAAAAUGUUUAUCGGAGAGAGAAAGAAAGAUAGAGUGUAUUUUACCAAUGCAUGUCAGGAACAAAAAAGAGAAAGAGACAAUUAAUCUGACACCCUUUAUAACAUCUUUGUAGCUCAAUUGGUAGAGCAUGGCGCUUGUAACGCCAGGGUAGUGGGUUCGAUCCCCGGGACCACCCAUACGUAAAAAUGUAUGCGCACAUGACUGUAAGUCGCUUUGGAUAAAAGCGUCUGCUAAAUGGCAUAUUAUUAUUAUUAUUAUUAUCUGAGUUGUUGGCCAAUAGAAUUACUGUUGAGUUAACUUCUAAUCAGAUAUCAGACCUACAGGAUGUAAAGACAAAAGGACCUCUGCUUCUCAGAGGUGAGAUGAGGGAGUUGCUGAGAUUAUGCAGAAAUGGCUGACUUCCUAAAACAACACAAAGGACUUUUUUGCAUACAGUGUAAAGAGUCACUUUGGGGGCCUCUCUACAUAAUCCUCCCUUGAACAUAUCUAAUUCUGCAUCAGACAGAAGAGUACAAUCUUCAACUCAGGGGUUCAUGGUCCUAGCAGCAUCACUUCAGAAGUGUCCUUAUGGCAGGUAGCAUUGUCUUCUUUAGAUAUGCAAAUGUAUUUAGGUAACACCUUCCUGCAAGCAAGCUAGAAAGGAAUGCUCCUAUUCAUUUCUGUAAGAGCAAAACACAGAACUAAAGACAUUAAUUCACAUUUCAGUGAACAUCAAAUAGUCUGUUGAUCUGAUUGGAUUGGUCAAUAGCAACUUCAGAUGUGGUUUUAUCAAGUCAGACAGAUGAAUAUACAGCAAAAUAUACGAAAGAUCACUGCAUCAUAAAGACAGUAUAUUUGAAAAUAAAACUCAAAAACUCUCCUCCCCUUGAGAGAAAAUGAAUUUGCCUUGAAAAUUAGAAAAUAAACAAAAGAACCAGAAUUUUGAAAUAAUCAAGAACAAUUCUUGAAGUAACAUCUAACAUACCGAUGGUGAAAGUUCUAAGGCCAUUCUGUGAGAAACAAGGCAAUGACUUUACUCAUAGCACACACACAUCUACAGUGAGGGAAAAAAGUAUUUGAUCCCCUGCUGAUUUUGUACGUUUGCCCACUGACAAAGAAAUGAUCAGUCUAUAACUUUAAUGGUAGGUUUAUUUGAACAAUGAGAGACAGAAUAACAACAAAAAAAUCCAGAAAAAUGCAUGUCAAAAAUUGUAUAAAUUUAUUUGCAUUUUAAUGAGGGAAAUAAGUAUUUGACUCCUCUACAAAACAUGACUUAGUACUUGGUGGCAAAACCAUUGUUGGCAAUCACAGAGGUCAGAUGUUUCUUGUAGUUGGGCACCAGGUUUGCAUACAUCUCAGGAGGGAUUUUGUCCCACUCCUCUUUCCAGAUCUUCUUCAAGUCAUUAAGGUUUCGAGCCUGACGUUUGGCAACUCGAACCUUCAGCUCCCUCCACAGAUUUUCUAUGGGAUGAAGGUCUGGAGACUUGCUAGCCCACUCCAAGACCUUAAUGUGCCUCUUCUUGAACCACUCCUUUGUUGCCUUGGCCGUGUGUUUUGGGUCAUUGUCAUGCUGGAAUACCCAUCCACGACCCAUUUUCAAUGCCCUGGCUGAGGGAAGGAGGUUCUCACCCAAGAUUUAAUGGUACAUGGCGCCAUCCAUCGUCCCUUUGAUGCGGUGAAAUUGUCCUGUCCCCUUAGCAGAAAAACACCCCCAAAGCAUAAUGUUUCCACUUCCAUGUUUGACGGUGGGGAUGGUGUUCUUGGGGUCAUAGGCAGCAUUCCUCCUCCUCCAAACACGGCAAGUUGAGUUGAUGCCAAAGAGCUCGAUUUUGGUCUCAUCUGACCACAACACUUUCACCCAGUUCUCCUCUGAAUCAUUCAGAUGUUCAUUGGCAAACUUGAGACGGGCCUGUAUAUGUGCUUUCUUGAACAGGGGGACCUUGCGGGCGCUGCAGGAUUUCAGUCCUUCAUGGCAUGGUGUGUUACCAAUUGUUUUCUUGGUGCCUAUGGUCCCAGCUGCCUUGAGAUCAUUGACAAGAUCUUCCCGUAUAGUUCUGGGCUGAUUCCUCACCGUUCUCAUGAUCAUUGCAACUCCACGAGGUGAGAUCUUGCAUGGAGCCCCAGGCUGAGGGAGAUUGACAGUUCUUUUGUGUUUCUUCCAUUUGCGAAUAAUCGCACCAACUGUUGUCACCUUCUCACCAAGCUACUUGGCGAUGGUCUUGUAGCCCAUUCCAGCCUUGUGUAGGUCUACAAUCUUGUCCCUGACAUCAUUGGAGAGCUCUUUGGUCUUGGCCAUGGUGGAGAGUAUGGAAUCUGAUUGACAGGUGUCGUUUAUACAGGUAACAAGCUGAGAUUUAGGAGCACUCCCUUUAAGAGUGUGCUCCUAAUCUCAGCUCGUUACCUAUAUAAAAGACACCUGGGAGCCAGAAAUCUUUCUGAUUGAGAGGGGGUCAAAUACAUAUUUCCCUCAUUAAAAUGCAAAUCAAUGUAUAACAUUUUUGACAUGCGUUUUUCUGGAUUUUUUAGUUGUUAUUCUGUCUCUCACUGUUCAAAUAUACCUACCAUCAGUGGCGGCUCCUGAAAAAAUUCUCAGGAGGGGCAAUUUUUCUGAUGAUUUAGGUGACCUACACACAUUUAAAAAAAUAUAUGUCCAGCAACAACAUGAAGACAGGGGCAGCAUAUAAGUCAAUACCAGAAGCAUUUAUUGACUGAUCUGGGGAGAUGGAUUCCAGUUUCUGUGACAGAUUAUAAAUAAUCUCUGAUGCCUUUGUUAUAUUAGCUUUUGGUUGAAUGUACUGUCGUAGUAAAUAUAUAAUGUUAUAGCUUGGUCUGACUAAAAUCUUGUGCAUGACCCAUUUUGUGUUGGGCCUUUGUAUUCAAUACAAUGAACAAGAGUCCUAUCUUGUCAGCCUUGUCAGCAGGUGGCUAAGGAUAACACCCACGCCAUAGGUCUCUCAGUUCUUCCAACUCACGAGUUCUUGCCCUGAGGACACACACACACACACCCACACACACACACACACACACACAUCAUCACUGAUAAACACACACACACACACACACACACAUCAUCACUGAUAACAAACACACACACACACACACACACACACACACACACACACACACACACACACACACACACACACACACACACACACACACACAAAUCCUCUUCUCUUAGGCUGAACAUCUGAAGACAGAGAACCCGACUCAGAGCCAAUGCAACAGUGACACUAGCCUGGAGGUGACAUCGCCCAACUCAUCAGGACCAAUCAGAAGAUCAGAACUACUAGAUUCAACCUACUUCAUUUUAUUGUAUAAAAUGUCAGCACACAAUGUUUAGGGGCUCUUCUGAUAAACUCCCUACGAGUUUGACGAACGGGUCCGUGCACGCGAUUCCAGAUAUCUUUACCUCUGAAUAAACUGCCUUAUAUUAUACAAUUAUCCACCUUGUCCAAAAGUCUCUACUUUUUCUCCGUUCUCCAGUAAACUUGUUUUAUCAACAAUAGUAAGGUUCAAUGACACAGAAAGCAGUUCAAUGUCGGGGUACAGAGUCGCUCUCUUACCAGGAUCGCGGUCCGCUCUGACCAGGGUGAAGUUGGCCGGCUCCACCUCUCUGUCCGGGACUCUGUCAUCCAGUCAAGUCUCCCAGCUGUAUUGGGAUUUUGCUGCCAGCAGCGUUUUCAUUAUUUAGUCCGUUCGUAGCGGGUAUGUACACGAUCAACAAGAUCAGUCCAAAGCCGAAAAUCAGUCCAAAGCAGAAUGUUUGCAGAAUGUUUGUAAACUAAGUCUACAAAUUAAAAACAUAAAAUAACGCCACACUGCAGGUCGCAACAUAGACGCUGGUAGCCGCCAUUGUCUUAGUUACGUUCAACGUUACGUCACGUAUGACGAAAGCGCGUAAGUGCAUGCACACAGACACCCAUAGAGAAUGUAUUGAAAGCUUUGAAAUGUGAAAAAAAUAGAUUUUAAUAAGACUAUGUAAUUAGCCUAUUAAAAUGUUUAUCUGACUCCAUAAAGAUUAUUUAGCAAUAUGCAAGAGACUAAAGUUGAGUUAUAGUAAUAGGUAAUCAAGAAAUGUCUGAGAAUGAAAUUCUAAAUACAAGUGUAUUUAAUUACUUUGUAAAAUGACUGAAAUCACAUACAAGGCAUAAAGCUUAAGUUACAAAGCAUUAACAAGCAUUACAAAGCAUUAUUCUAGGCAUGAUCAGAGAGGGCGAGAGAGAGAUACAGUAAGUCAUAGCCUGAAAGGCCAUGCCCCAAGUCCCUGGGGUGGAGAGAGAAAGAAAGAGACAGUGUAUCUCACCAGCGCAGGUCUGGAACAAAAAAAGAGAAAGAGACAAUGAAUCUGAGACCCCUUUAUAACAUCUGAGUAGUUGGCCAAUAGAAUUACUGUUGAGUUAACUUCUAAUCAGAUGUCAGACCUACAGGGUAUAAAGACAGCAGAACCUCUGCUUCUCAGAGGUGAGACAAGAGGGGGUUGGUGAGAUCAUGCAGAGAAGAUUGACUUCCUAAGACAACACCAAGGGACUUAUUGCAUACAUUGUAAAGAGUCACGUUGGGGCUGGGCUGUCCUACACCUGCAAUACUUUUAUUUUGUAGAGUACACUUGAGGUAUAGGCCUCUAUGAAGUGAACUCAGAGUUGCAUCCCCAAAAAAACAAAUUAGCUUCUUUGAGAUGGAUGCAACACCUUUAUACCUUCAUAUCGAUGCAUCCGCCUAUUUGAAAGUCUUCGUAAUCCUCUUGUUCUGUGGCAUUUUGCUGCGCGGAGUGACGGAGCUGCAGCGAUAGGAGAGGUCAUGUUUGGAAAAGAGCAUUGGGUCAAAGGGGAAGGGAUGUCAGACUAUGACGAGGCUAGCGUGACCCGCCGCUCUCCUACUCACGUUGACUCACAGGCGGUUGGAACUUGCAACUGGUUGUCAGUGUCAGUAGCUAAGUUCCGAUCCAAUUGGUGACAGAUUUCCAUGCAAAUAUUAAAACAAUCUGCAUAAAAGCAAUAUGUGCAUUUUCCCACCAGAGAUGUUUCCAUCAAAUUCCAUCAAGUUGCAGAUAAAAGGUUGUGUGUGAUGACAUAGUGCACAUAAAAGGUUGUGUGUGAUGACAUAGUGCACAUAAAAGGGAAAAAGUAUAAAAAGUGAAUGACUAAAAUCAAAAAAAUUAUAAUAAUAACUGUUGCUGUUAAAUUCCUAUAAAUAAAAAAUCUAAUAUAUUCGGUACUCUACUGAUUUUGUGCCCACUCUGGUCUUGGCAUGUGCGCUCCAGCCAACAGCUUCACCACAGAUAUAGUGCAGAUAUAGCCUACAUGAUGAGAUUAUUAUGGACAAAAUGGAUUAUUUGUAUUUGUCAAACGGCAGCCAAGCCUCAAUCAUCAUGUUACCAGAAUAAGACCCUUGAUAUUUAUUGGAAAGGAGCAUCAAGCUCAUCACUGUGCACUUUCAACCCCCAGUGAAGUAUUUCAUCUGUAGCCUAAUAAACUGCAUAUUUUCCUGAGUCAUAGUAUGAGGACCACACAAACAUAUCAUCUCGUAACUCCAGGUUUACUUCGAUAUGAUGGUUAUUAUAUCAAUAUUUGCUCAUAAAUAUAAUUGUACAGACACAAAAAGAUCCCACCUUGUCUAUUUUGUUUUGUCGACAUUUGGAAAGUUUACCGACAGGCCUGUCGUGACAUUCUUUAUAUUUUACAUUUUGUAGGCCUCCUUUAUAAAAAGGUUUGAUGGAGACCUGCUUACUUGCCACAGAAUACCACACGGUCUCCUAGAAAAGCACCAGAAAGAGAGGGUAGAUAGGGGAUGUGGUGUUGAAUGUUGACUUGGGGCUUAUUUAAAUCAAAUACUAAUUGCAGAAUGUUCUCAAUAAAAUGUAAAUAACCGUUUUUAACACAAUAUAAAUAAAAAAUCACAAAGUUAUUAUCGGUUCUGAAAAAUAUGGGUUCUGAAGAAUAUGGGUUCUGAACAAACACUGUAGCAGAUAAACUCCUAUUAUAGAUAGAUCAUCCAAUUUCACAAAGUCAUCGUGUAUGCACAAAUUCUGAAUAAUCAUUGCUGUGAUGGAUUUGACUGUAUGCUCUUUAAACACACAAAUUACAACAGCAUACCAAACCACCUGUAAAGACGUAAUCUCUUAGAAACUUUAACCGGUCCGAACCUAUACAAAACAACCUAUUUGACUGACACUGUAAAAUGUGACCUCUGUUGUGAAGAGCUCCCAUGUCUCUCUCAAGUCUCCACUCUGUCCCUGAAGAAUGUGUAAUCCCUCUUUGUCAAUGCCUCUCUGUGCCGCUCACUGUAAAUCCUGCCACUUGGGUUUUCCCAUGUAAUGGAAGUAUUUUCCCCCCUGUCUUUUCCCCUCAUCUCUCCCCAGGAUUGUUGAAAUCUACAGCCGUCGACUGCAAGGUACUUCCAGACGUUUUAAUAAUCAAUUUAUACUCUCAAGAGUUGACGGACAAUAAAGUGAGGUGCCCCUAGAGCUUUUCUGUAUUUAUGUAUUUUUAUUGUUGUUUUAGGUAACACUUUACAUUAAGUUGUUCUUAUACCCGUACACUUACACUGGAAUUACUACAGUAACGACAUAUUUGAGUAAUUCCAUUAAAAUUCGAAUAAUUCUUGGAGAUUGUCAGUUGGUUGACUGAUAACAGUGUUGUUGUUGGAACCUAGAACCUACUAUGUCACGGGCGAUUAUGUCAGACGUUUGACUUUGCUCUUUGACUUUCUCUGACUUGGACCUUGUUUAUCUGUGUUCUCUUUCAGUUCAAGAGCGGUUGACCAAAAAAAUCGCCGUGGCAAUCACUGAAGCGCUGCAGCCUGCUGGGGUGGGCGUCGUCAUUGAGGCAACGUAUGUCUCUUUUUCCCUUUUUUGUUUUUACACUCACCACUGAUAUUAACAGCCCCAUACAGACAGACAUUAAAGAUACACUAUGGCAUUUUAGUUUCUAAUCGUUUGUCAAUUUUUUUCUGGAAUGUUGGCUGGAUGGUGCAUACACAUACAUUAAUAUUAAUACAUUUCUUAUCUCACAAAUCCUUAGGAAAACAAUUUGCUUUUGCUAACAAGCUGUGGCCAUUCCGUUCAAUGAGGUAGUUUCUGGACAAUAUUUCUGUCCAUUUAGGUGUACCCCCACAGGUAAAAGUACCUUAAUGGCUUUUUUAUAUAUGACGCAAUCACGGCAGUCAAAAAAACAAACACGCACAAAUGAAACCAAAGAUAUGGGGAGAGGCCAUAUAUAGACAAUCUUCAAUGCGUCAUUAACAGAACAUUUCCCAUACACCCAAAUCUAAUAACUAUAACAGUAAUGGAAAUGAUGCUUUUUUCCUCCCUUCUUCCUGCAUACAGUCACAUGUGCAUGGUGAUGAGGGGGGUGCAGAAGAUGAACAGCAAAACUGUGACCAGCACCAUGCUGGGGGUGUUCCGGGAGGACCCCAAGACACGGGACGAGUUCCUCACCCUAAUCAGGAGCUGA